GGCCUCCCACUUCCGGCCGCGGCGGCCUCCGCGCUGGCCAGACAGACCCCGACGGCCCCGGCCUCCCUGAGCGGCAUGCGGCGCUGAGGCGCGGCGGACCCCGGGCGGCGCCAUGAACCUCCUACCCUGCAACCCGCACGGCAACGGGCUGCUGUAUGCCGGCUUCAACCAGGACCACGGAUGCUUUGCGUGUGGGAUGGAAAAUGGAUUCCGAGUCUAUAACACCGACCCGCUGAAGGAAAAAGAGAAGCAAGAAUUUCUAGAAGGAGGAGUUGGCCAUAUUGAAAUGUUAUUUCGCUGCAACUAUUUAGCUUUGGUUGGUGGUGGGAAGAAGCCGAAAUACCCUCCAAACAAAGUGAUGAUCUGGGACGACCUGAAGAAGAAGACGGUGAUCGAGAUAGAAUUUUCCACGGAAGUCAAGGCUGCCAAAUUGCGGCGAGACAGGAUCGUGGUCGUGCUGGACUCCAUGAUCAAGGUCUUCACCUUCACGCACAACCCCCACCAGCUGCACGUCUUCGAGACCUGCUACAACCCCAAAGGCCUCUGUGUCCUGUGCCCCAACAGUAACAACUCCCUCCUGGCCUUCCCGGGCACGCACACGGGCCACGUGCAGCUCGUGGACCUGGCCAGCACCGAGAAGCCCCCCGUGGACAUUCCCGCCCACGAGGGUGUCCUCAGCUGCAUCGCCCUCAACCUGCAGGGAACAAGAAUCGCGACCGCGUCUGAGAAAGGGACCCUUAUACGAAUAUUUGAUACUUCAUCAGGGCAUUUAAUCCAGGAGCUGCGGAGAGGGUCUCAAGCAGCCAACAUUUACUGCAUUAACUUCAAUCAGGACGCCUCCCUCAUCUGCGUCUCCAGUGACCACGGCACCGUGCACGUCUUUGCCGCUGAGGACCCGAAAAGGAAUAAGCAGUCCAGUUUGGCAUCGGCCAGUUUCCUUCCAAAGUACUUCAGUUCCAAGUGGAGCUUCUCCAAGUUUCAGGUGCCCUCGGGCUCCCCGUGCAUCUGUGCCUUUGGGACAGAGCCCAACGCUGUCAUUGCCAUCUGCGCAGACGGCAGCUACUACAAGUUCCUGUUCAACCCCAAGGGCGAGUGCGUCCGCGACGUGUACGCGCAGUUCCUGGAGAUGACCGACGACCGGCUGUGACCCGCCCCAGGCGCGCGGACAGCACCGCGGCCUCCGACGCCAGGCGUGAAGGGGAGACUCCCCGGGCACGUGAGCGCCCGCCGCUGGCUCUACCGUUCAGGCGGCCUCCGCCUGCGCCUGGGGCUCCGGACAAACUUAGGGGCGCCUUGAAAUGUCCAUCAUUUUUCCCGAGUCUGUAACGGGAGGGGAACGCACCCGUGAGCCGGACUCGUGUGAACUGGACGUAAGUGGGUGAUCACACCGGCAGCCUUAGCGGAGGAGGAAAAGCCCCUCUCCCGUCUGAGCGGAGGCGGCGGCACAGGCCGGCAGCCCUCGGGAGCCCGCGGUCUCACCUCGAGCCCGCCGGGCGGCCCUGCCGUCCGCGGGAGCUGUUGGGGGCGCGGCGGCCCUGCCUUCUGCGUAGGGCCGUGGCCUCCUGGUGACGCUCGGGUCACACGUUUCCCUCCGACGCGGACUUUAGAAAUGAGUCAUGGGAGAACGCGUCCCUUAAUGCGGAGGCUACAAAGGGUGACCGCUGCCGCAGCGAAGCCGGGCAGGGCCUCGUCCGGGGACCUUAGUGGCCGCUGGCCGCCCCUCGGCGCUCGCCGGCCUUCGGGGAGCUGUGCGCUAACUGGGAGCUGAGCUGGGUCGUGGGCUCUGUCCUGUUAGUCCUGCUACAGUAUACGUUUCAUUUUCUCAGCCUCCCUUUCCACCUCAUUUUGUUUUGGUUCCAGGCUGCAAACAUUCAGGACCUACAGCAGCCGGUUCCCCGUUUUGUCGGUUCUUUUAUUGUCCUGUAAUCAGCUAAUCCUGUCUGUGGGUUUCAGUGUAAAGUAUGCAUGUUACUUUUAUGUGUAUUUAAUCAUGAAAUUUAAUUUUGCACACUUAUUUGUAAUGUUUCUUUUAAAUAAAAGUGACUAAUUUUGUUGUAGUCUGUACCCGUCAAGGGAA